AUGAAUUAGGCUAUGAUGGACCAGAGUCAAAUGAUGGGGAUGUCUCAGUCGAUGAUGCAGCCCACGUCUAUGCCUUUUAUGGGACCUCCUCCAAUUAACCCCUUCAACAAUUUAUACAAGACUCAGAUCUGCAAGCAUUUUAUGCAAAACAAAUAUUGUCAUGUUGGAGCUAAGUGUCAUUUUGCUCAUGGCGAACACGAACUUAGAAAGCCAGAAGAGCCAUUACCGAUUGAGCAGACAAUGAAGAUGAUGAACAUCCCCUACAAUAACUACAAGACUCAGACGUGCAAGUACUAUGAGCAGAGUGGCGGCAAUUGCAAGUUUGGCAAGAACUGCUCCUACGCUCAUGGAGCCCAUGAACUUAGAAACCCCUAUGAUAACUUGCCUCUGACUCCUGGAAUACCUCCAAACUUCGUUAUGCCUGGCUAAAAUGACAUGUUUCAGCAGAAUAUGAUGGGGGAUAUGGGGGCACUAUCUGGAAUCGCUCCUCAGAAACAGCAAAGUCAAGUCUAGAUAAUCUUGAAUCAAAACUUGGAUGAAGUAAAGAUGAAGAUCUUGAAUGCAAGCUCUCUGAUACAAACAGGCUAAAGAGAUCAAAGCUAUGCAAUCAUAAACGAUCUACUCCGGAAUGGCUUUAUAAGCAUUGAGUACCCACAAGCACUGACUACCCAAAACUAGAAUACUCUGCAAGCUGGUGAUCAGCAGUUGUCUCAGCAAUAAACACAGCCCUCUACUUAGAGCAGAGGAGGACAGUCGUAAGAUGCUCUAACUCAUGGGUGGCCGAUGACUCAAGGGAAUCCUAUGCCUUUCAACUUCAUGAUGAUGCAAGGCUAAGAGCAUCAUCAGCAUUAGUAUGCUGCUGGAAUGCAACAAUAUUAGCAAUAAUGA